UCUCCCUCCCUCCCUCCUUCCAUCGCUCCCUCCCUCCUUCCCUCCCUCCUUCCCGCUGCCGCCGCCGGAGCGGAACCGAAAGCGAAGGCGGCGCCGGGCAGCGGCGCUCCGGCCCAGCGCGGCGGGGGCUGCGGGGUGCCGGGCUCGCUGCCCGCCAGGUUUGGGUACCUGAAUUUUGCACAAAAGGCCGAAGGGCAAGGAACAGAAAUCACUGGCAAUGAUGGGCUGUGGGAGGAAGCAGUGAGCCAGGGGGCUGGUCCUGCACCCCACACUUGGCACAUCUCCCCACCGCAGCAUGGCCAGGAUGAGGCCAUCGGUCCCUCCGUGCCGCCACGUGUCCCCAGCAGCCCUCCCGCCCCACAGCCCCUCUGCCACGCCGGAGGCUGCGGCCGCCGGGACCCCCCGGCGCUGCGGGACCCCCCGGCGCUGAGCCCCGGCCGCGCCAGCAUGGCCUCGCUCAUCGUGGUGACCGAGCACGAGGCCGCGGGCAGCGCCAGCGAGGAGGAGAUGGACGUGCCCGGCACCGAGGGCUUUGGGGAUGGCCGCAAGCUGCACCUCUCCGGCCGCAAGCUGUCCCUGCAGGAGCGGCCGCAGGCUGCCCGCUCGCCCGGGCACGGCGACGGUGCCAACCAGCGCUUCAUCUACCCCUCGCUGCCCUACUCCCCGGUGACGUCCCCGCACUCCUCCCCACGGCUGCCGCGGCGGCCCACGGUGGAGUCCAACCGUGUGUCCAUCACAGGGUUGCAGGACUGUGUGCAGCUCAACCAGUACAAACUGAAGGAUGAGAUUGGGAAGGGCUCCUAUGGGGUGGUGAAGCUGGCCUACAACGAGGAUGAUAACACCUACUAUGCAAUGAAGGUUCUCUCAAAAAAGAAGCUGAUGAGACAGGCGGGCUUCCCCCGCCGCCCGCCGCCCCGCGGGGCCAAAGCUGCUUCCGAGGGCUGCCUGCAGCGCAGGGGGCCCAUCGAGCAGGUCUACCAGGAGAUUGCCAUCCUGAAGAAGCUGGACCACCCCAACGUGGUGAAGCUGGUGGAGGUCCUGGAUGACCCCAGUGAGGAUCACCUGUACAUGGUAUUUGAGCUGGUGAAGCAGGGCCCUGUGAUGGAAAUCCCAACCUUGAAACCUCUCAGUGAGGACCAGGCUCGGUUCUACUUCCAGGAUCUGAUCAAGGGCAUUGAAUACUUGCACUAUCAGAAGAUAAUCCAUCGGGAUAUUAAACCUUCCAACCUCCUCGUGGGGGAAGAUGGGCACGUCAAGAUCGCCGACUUCGGAGUGAGCAACGAGUUCAAGGGAGCUGAUGCCCUCUUAACCAACACAGUGGGCACUCCUGCCUUCAUGGCCCCAGAAACCCUCUCAGAAACCAGGAAAAUCUUCUCUGGAAAGGCUUUGGAUGUCUGGGCCAUGGGGAUCACGCUGUACUGCUUCGUGUUUGGGCAGUGCCCUUUUAUGGAUGAAAGGAUCUUGAGUUUACACAAUAAAAUCAAGACCCAAACGUUGGAGUUCCCAGACCAGCCAGAAGUUACGGACUUCUUGAAGGAUUUGAUUACACGGAUGUUGGAUAAAAAUCCUGAAUCUAGGAUUUCGGUCCCAGAAAUCAAGGAAAGUACUGUGCAACAGCCUUUCGCAGGAGAUUUCUGGUCCUUCGCCCCUGCGGGAGCCUGGAAGGGGCGAGAAGCUGAGAGAAUGGAGACCAAGUUGCACCCUUGGGUCACCAAGAACGGAGCGGAGCUGCUGCCCACGGAGGAUGAGAACUGCACCCUCGUCGAGGUGACGGAGGAGGAAGUGGAGAAUUCAGUCAAGCACAUCCCCAGCCUGGCCACCGUGAUCUUGGUUAAAACGAUGAUCCGGAAGCGAUCCUUUGGGAACCCGUUUGAGGGGAGCAAGAGGGAGGAGCGGUCCCUGUCUUCCUCUGGAAACCUGCUGCCGAAACAAGGCAGUGAAGAUAACCUGAAAUGCAACGACUUGCCCAACGUGGGAGAGGAGGAACUUCUUUCUUGAACGUGGACUUUACGGUUCUGCUGAGCAGCUCAGUCCUGGGCACGUCACCAAGCGUGCGCUGGGGACGAGGUGACCAGAGCCCAGAGCAAACACAGCAUGAUGUGGCGCUAUCUCAGUACAGUGCUGGAUGUAGAGCUCACAUAGCAGCAUGUUAUCACACCUUAUCAGACAUCUGAUUCUUUGCCAUAAACAUGGAGCAUCUCCGAGCACUUGGACUGCUGACUUCUGGUGGGAGAGGCGCUGGCGGACAGCGGAGAGGUGAGCGGUGGUGGUGAGGAGCAACAGGGCUUUGCAAAACAAAACCCACAGCAGCCAAAGGAAAAUGCGUUUGGAACUGCUUUUAGCUGGUUUUAAUGCCAAAUAAUUUGCAGGGACUGACGCCAGCGUCCCAGGGGCACGAUGCCCAUGGUGUGGCUGUGGGCACGUGCAGAAGGGUGAAGCUUUAGCCAAGUGGCAUACACAGCAGUAAAGCCAACCACACGUGUGCACUUUGAGAGUUCACGACCUACCAGGAAUGUUGUUGCAUCUAUUUCUUGUCGUUCUGGUUUGUUUUUAAUUGACACCUUUUUAACUGCAUGGGAACAAAGCAAAAACCCACCUGUUCAGCUUUUUAAAGAAUGCCUAUCUUUGUGAGCCAAGUUGUAUGAAACAGCAUCUUCAAGAAGUUCAAAAAGUGAGGUUAAUUACUUCCUCAGGUAAUUAACACCUUUCCAGAGGCCUUGGUGUGACCAGGACUUGGUAAGUUAGGUAUUCAGUGUAUGAAAGGAAAAGGUAUUUAAGGGCUUAAGUUCAGUUUGAACUAUUUUUGCUGCAGACAUAUGAGUGAAAGGUGGUGUUUAGAAUGUUUUAAACAACAGAAGAAGCACUAAUAGUUUGUUUCUAAAUAUUUUACUUGAUCUAGGUAGAUAUACUAUAAAAUAUAAAAUUCAGGGUAAAAUCCUUCACUUCCAUGUACAUUACAUGGUUUACUACAAUUAAAAAUAAUACAACUUAUGCUGGUUUUUAAGUAUAGACUUAGGGCUUGCUUAGAAUUUAAGAUUGUAAUGAUUAGCUAGGAAUUUUCAAAGAAACGUUUGUUUUCCAACUCUUAAUCUGGAUUCUGGGGCCAAUGCUAUGUAUUUUUUGCAAGUUUGUUACCAGUACUUUGUGAAUGCCUGUGGAUCAGAGGCUUGUUAGUAAAUUAAGUGUAUAUCUAGUUAAUGAAUUGUUUCUUAUGAAGAGCUCUUUCACCUUCAGUCAGAUUACUCUGAUUAUUUGUGGUGCUUGUACAAAAUAAUAAUCUGCCAUGUGGUGGGAGAGACUCUGGUGUCCAGACUCACUUUCCCAAAUUCUCUGUGCUUGAACAAAGCUGGUGAAUGAGGAGCCAGGGUUUGCCUGAGGAAAGGGGUAAGUACAGUUGUUUUGCGGAUGGAGCAUGGGACUAGGGGGGAAAAGGUCUGAUUUUUUUCCUUUCUCAGUCUGAUGUGGUUGUGUGACCUUGAACGAGGCAUUUGAUGUACCUGACAGAGAAGGAGGAUUUGAGUCUCCCAAGCUUGUGAGGGACUGAUAAGGUGUAAUUCUUUGCCCUCAGGAAGAAGGCACUAGCAGACUGCCAAGUGUCUUGUUUAAUGGUUAGGUCUCUGCCUGUUAACCCUGGCCAUGGAUGCCCUGCCCUUAGAAAGUGACCGUUCCCUUGUCUUCCUUUAUUUUAUCCUGGACAGCACAAGCAGCAGUGUGCCGAGGUCCUCGGCCCCACUGCAGUCAGACCUGGCCUGGUAAUUCCCAGUUAGGACUGGUUUUUGUCAAAGCCAGGACAGCAUUAGCAAGGGUGCAGAUCCCUACCCAAACUGUCCCUUACACCUUUGAUCACUUGAAGCGAUGUUCCCCCUAAAUUGCAAUUUAUUAUGGAAGCAUUGUGCUGCUGGCCUCUUUCCAAAGCCAGUGAGGACAGGUGGUGGUUUAGGAGCAAUACUAUGGAGUUUGGAGCCAUAAGACACGCACUGUUUUCCUCCCAUUUUAGUCCGAGGCUAUGCCAAAGCCCUGCAGCUUCAGCUAUGGGAAAACCAAACAGGUAACUUGGGGGCCAGCACUAUUGCAGCUGCCUGCUCCCCCUACACAGGACUUUUCAUUGUGGAGUUGUGUGUGAGUGGGCAGCCUGGUUCUCUAACCCUGCAAAUGGACUUGAUCUGCAAAAAAAAAAGUAAAAAGCUAGGGGAUCCAAUUCUUUGUAGGUAGUACAUAGUAGUGUGUGUGGUGUGUUUGCUAGAGGUGUGUUGUAGAGAUCUCUGUGCUGCCCACGCCUGGUUGUGAUUUGUCAGGUGAGACAGUUUACAUUGACCCAACAGGUCUGCCAGGUGUAACACAGCUUCUCAACAGCUGUACCAGCUCCCCGAUGCCCAGCCAGUCUCUGGGCCUCAGAUACUCACUGAUCAGUGUCUGACUGCCUGCCUGGGCUUGGUUACAGGAUGCUAAACUCAGCACUUCCCCAAGGUGCUCUCCAAACUGAGUGUCCCUCAGUGCAGGCUCUGCUGGGCUGCAGCCAAUGCACAUUUUGGAAGGAAACACAAUGUGGAUUUUUCUGGUUGGUCAGCCCUGUUGAAAGCAUAAAGCGUGGCCAUAUGAGGGAGAUCUCUCUAAAUGCAUGACCUGUUAGAGAAGCUGUACUGUGUAUAUAAACCUGCUCAGUUCCCCAGCUGCUGUUCCUUAGUAGUAAUGCUGGCUUUCUCCUUAUAGUGAAGUGAACAUUUUGCUUGUGCCUUGGAACUGGGCGAUAGCUUGAUUUCCCCAACUCCCUUCCUUCCAAGCAAGCCCGGUGCUGACUGUGGGCUUAUUGCUGGGUACUAAGCCUUUUUGGUUCUGAAAGCACACAGGAAAGUGCUAAGGGGAAACCAGGCCUCUUAUCUGAGUGGUUUUCCAUGGUGGUCCCCUCUCACCUAUCAGGCAAUUGAUCUGUUUCUUUUCUAAGGUCCUGAACUAUUCCUGAUUUUUAUACUGUUUGUUUAAUGACCAAGGCUUGUGUUUCACUCCUACCCCUUUAAUAUGCAUUUAACUUUAUCAGGUGUAUCAAGUUUAAAUACUGUGUAUUUACCACUUUUAAAUUAUAUUACCUAAGAAGAAAGAAUAAACCAACAACUAAGUGUUUUUCCACACAGGUGUUCAAGCUUCACUGUACAAGUUGAAAUAAAUGACAUGCAACCAAACCCAGA